GCCGCUGCUGCUGCCGCUGGCGCCCGGGGCCUGGGGCUGGGCGCGGGGCGCCCCCCGGCCGCCGCCCAGCAGCCCACCGCUCUCCAUCAUGGGCCUCAUGCCGCUCACCAAGGAGGUAGCCAAGGGCAGCAUCGGGCGCGGCGUGCUACCCGCCGUGGAGCUGGCCAUCGAGCAGAUCCGCAACGAGUCACUCCUGCGCCCCUACUUCCUCGACCUGAGGCUCUAUGACACCGAGUGUGACAAUGCAAAAGGACUGAAAGCCUUCUAUGAUGCAAUAAAAUAUGGGCCGAACCAUUUGAUGGUGUUUGGAGGCGUCUGUCCAUCUGUCACGUCCAUCAUUGCUGAGUCCCUCCAAGGCUGGAACCUGGUGCAGCUUUCCUUUGCUGCAACCACACCUGUCCUAGCUGAUAAGAAAAAAUAUCCCUAUUUUUUCCGGACGGUGCCCUCGGACAACGCAGUGAAUCCAGCCAUCCUGAAGCUGCUGAAGUACUACCGCUGGCGGCGCGUGGGCACGCUCACACAGGACGUCCAGCGCUUCUCUGAGGUGAGGAAUGACCUGACUGGAGUUCUAUAUGGGGAAGACAUCGAGAUUUCAGACACUGAGAGCUUCUCCAAUGAUCCCUGCACCAGUGUCAAAAAGCUCAAGGGGAAUGACGUGAGGAUCAUACUUGGCCAGUUUGACCAGAACAUGGCAGCAAAAGUGUUCUGUUGUGCCUUCGAGGAGAACAUGUUCGGCAGCAAAUACCAGUGGAUCAUCCCUGGCUGGUACGAGCCCUCCUGGUGGGAGCAGGUGCGCACCGAGGCCAACUCCUCCCGAUGCCUGCGGAAGAACCUGCUGGCGGCCAUGGAGGGCUACAUCGGUGUGGACUUCGAGCCGCUGAGCUCCAAACAGAUUAAGACCAUCUCGGGGAAGACCCCACAGCAGUACGAGAGAGAGUACAACAGCAAGCGGUCGGGCGUGGGGCCCAGCAAGUUCCACGGUUAUGCCUACGAUGGCAUCUGGGUCAUCGCCAAGACACUCCAGAGGGCCAUGGAAACGCUGCACGCCAGCAGCCGGCACCAGCGCAUCCAGGACUUCAACUACACCGACCACACCCUGGGCAGGAUCAUCCUCAGUGCCAUGAAUGAGACCAACUUCUUUGGGGUCACGGGUCAAGUUGUGUUCCGGAACGGGGAGAGAAUGGGGACCAUUAAAUUUACUCAAUUUCAAGAUAGCAGUGAAGUGAAGGUGGGAGAGUACAAUGCUGUGGCUGACACAUUGGAAAUCAUCAACGACACCAUCAGGUUCCAAGGAUCCGAACCUCCAAAAGACAAGACCAUCAUCCUGGAGCAGCUGCGGAAGAUCUCCCUACCUCUCUACAGCAUUCUCUCUGCCCUCACCAUCCUCGGCAUGAUCAUGGCCAGUGCUUUUCUCUUCUUCAACAUCAAGAAUCGGAACCAGAAGCUGAUAAAGAUGUCCAGUCCCUACAUGAACAACCUCAUAAUCCUCGGAGGAAUGCUGUCCUAUGCCUCUAUAUUUCUCUUCGGCCUCGAUGGAUCCUUUGUCUCAGAAAAGACAUUUGAAACACUUUGCACUGUCAGGACCUGGAUUCUCACUGUGGGCUACACAACUGCAUUUGGGGCUAUGUUUGCAAAGACAUGGAGAGUCCACGCCAUCUUUAAAAAUGUGAAAAUGAAGAAGAAGAUCAUCAAGGACCAGAAGCUGCUCGUGAUCGUGGGGGGCAUGUUGCUGAUUGACCUAUGCAUCCUGAUCUGCUGGCAAGCCGUGGACCCCCUGCGAAGGACAGUGGAGAGGUACAGCAUGGAGCCGGACCCAGCAGGCCGAGACAUCUCCAUCCGCCCACUCCUGGAGCACUGUGAGAACACCCACAUGACCAUCUGGCUCGGCAUCGUCUAUGCCUACAAAGGGCUUCUCAUGUUGUUCGGUUGUUUCUUAGCUUGGGAGACCCGUAACGUCAGCAUCCCUGCCCUCAAUGACAGCAAAUACAUCGGGAUGAGCGUCUACAAUGUGGGGAUCAUGUGCAUCAUUGGGGCCGCUGUCUCCUUCCUGACCCGGGACCAGCCCAAUGUGCAGUUCUGCAUCGUGGCUCUUGUCAUCAUCUUCUGCAGCACCAUCACUCUCUGCCUGGUGUUUGUGCCAAAGCUCAUCACUCUGAGAACAAACCCAGAUGCAGCAACUCAGAACAAGCGACUCCAGAUCACUCGGAAUCAGAAAAAAGAAGAUUCAAAAACAUCCACUUCUGUCACCAGCGUGAACCAAGCAAGCACAUCCCGCCUGGAGGGUCUGCAGUCAGAAAACCAUCGCUUGCGGAUGAAAAUCACAGAGUUGGACAAGGACUUGGAAGAAGUCACUAUGCAGCUGCAGGACACACCGGAAAAGACCACUUACAUUAAACAAAACCACUACCAGGAACUCAACGACAUCCUCAAUCUGGGGAACUUCACAGAGAGCACAGAUGGGGGAAAGGCCAUUUUAAAAAAUCACCUCGAUCAAAAUCCCCAGCUACAGUGGAACACAACAGAGCCCUCUCGAACAUGCAAAGAUCCCAUAGAAGAUAUUAACUCCCCAGAACACAUCCAGCGUCGGCUGUCCCUCCAGCUCCCCAUCCUCCACCACGCCUACCUCCCGUCCAUUGGAGGCGUGGACGCCAGCUGUGUCAGCCCCUGUGUGAGCCCCACCGCCAGCCCCCGCCACAGACAUGUGCCACCCUCCUUCCGAGUCAUGGUCUCAGGCCUGUAAAGGUGGGAGGCCGGGGGCCGGGGCCUCCCCACAACGGCACCAUGCUGGGCAGAGACAUCUGCUGCAGGCACUGUUGGCUCUGGCCGCGGAGAACCUGGCACCGCGGCUGCCUCUCAGGGCUGCUUGGAUGGCACUGGCUGGACAGGAUGGGGAACUUGGCCCCUGACCUCGAGCCUUAUUUGUGAAGUUCUUAUUCUUUCACAAAGAAGAGGAAUGGAAAUGACUUCUUCCUGAAUGUCUGCAAACAAAGAAGAGCUGGGAUAUUUGAAACUUGCAAAAAAAAAAAAAAAA